AUGCAAUUAGUAUCAUCAUUACUGUUGUCGUGCACAUUACUGACAUAUACACAGGUCUUAUCGAAAAUCGACUUAGAGCCGAUACCAAUAAUAAUCAACAAGCAUGCAUUAAACGUUACCCUCAACUGGUUGUGCAAUGUGGUGAACUAUCAAGAUGUUCAUAAACGGAUCAUUGUACUCGCAUUCGAUAAUGUCACUUAUGUGACACUCAAGCGUUCUUUCCCUAGUCUGCAUGUUCUCCAUUGGGAUCUACCUGUGUUGUAUGACCGAUUCUCUGCUGGCGAUUAUCGCUAUCAGUUGAUACAAGUGUUCCGAGCAAACUUAUGUGCUUAUCUGGCUGCGAAACGUCGUGAUUUUUGGAUUGCUCAACCGGACACAUACUGGCGAGAGAAUCUAUUCGAAGUUAUUGAUCCAUCGAAAUUUCUGAAGAACGAUGAGAAUUUGUUAUUCGAUCAAGAAGGUACAAAUGGGCUUUUGGCAGAUAUGAUUGCUGGUGGUUGCUUUUUCGUUCGAGGAAAUGAAAAGAUAAUGAGUAAUUGGCGUUGGCAUACGAGCGAUAAGAAGUUUGUCCCAACAUUUUUACAGUUCGACGGAGGAUAUUCAUCUGAAUCGAAAUUUCAACAAAUGCAAAGACUUGGUGCUGCGUUCGUCAAUCCAGAAACCAUUGGUGAGAAUCGUCAAGCCAAUUGCACAAGUAUUUCGGAAAUACCCGGAGAUGCCAUUCCCUUG